UUCCUCUGUAUGGAAAUGGAUCAGCACAUCCCCGCCCCUGAUACCAACCCAUGGGAAACAUUCAGAGCUAUAAAGCCUGAACUGGCUGCAGUGGUCUGCAUCGCUAUAGAGGAAAACGUUUGCACCAUGGAGUUUGCUUUGUUUGCCCUUUGUACGCUCUUUGUGUCGUUUUCCAGCAGUUUGGCGUUCUCACGUAAUACAGCCGCCUGUCUUCUUCCAGUGGAGGAAGGUCCCUGUGGAGAGGAAAUCAAGCGCUUCUACUACAACACCGUCACCCAGAAGUGCGAGAUGUUUUAUUAUGGGGGCUGCCAGGGGAACGCCAACAACUUUGAGAGUUAUCCGGAAUGCCAGAAGACAUGCUUCAGGAUCCCAAAGAUUCCUCAGAUCUGCAGGUUGCCCAAAGAAGUGGGCCACUGUCAUGCUCUUUUCCCCAGAUAUUUCUUCAACAUGGCAACCAUGCGGUGUGAGCCCUUUAACUAUGGAGGCUGUGGGGGCAACUCCAACCGCUUUCAUGAUCUCACCUCCUGCAUGGAGUACUGCAGUCCCAAAAAAAGUAUUCCUAUGCUCUGUUUGGACCCUCUGGACAAAGGGAGGUGUUCGGCCUCUAUAAGUCGCUACUACUACAACGCCACCACCAAGACGUGUGAGGAGUUUGUCUACACGGGUUGCGGAGGAAGUAGCAACAACUUUGUGUCAAAGCAGAGCUGCGUGGAUGUGUGUGUUCAAGGAGCAAAGAAACACUCAGGUUAUGGGAAGAUUCGGCGGUUGAGGCGAAAUAAAAAACAAUCACAUCAAAAUGGCCUGAAAGACUGAUCGUGUUUGUAAGAGCUAAGAGAAUGACAAGGUUGGCUUUGUUGGUAUAGAUCUUAUAUGCGACUGAUUUAAGAAAGCCUUAUAUACAUUUUCUUCAUUCCCAAAUCUGAUUUUCUUAAAUUAUCUCUCUAAAGAUACUACAGAGUCGUACUCAGAGGUGUAGAGUGAGUUAAAAGUAGACCUUAAAGCUAUUCUCCGAACUAUUUUGGGGAAAUCCAUUAUGGUUUGGCACCUAUAGAACAUGUCAUGGUUGCUUAUUUUGUUUAUUUUGCUAUUUGACUAUAAAAAUGCUAAUAAGUAAAGAUAAAACAUACUUUCCUCAUGUAAAAAUAAGCUUUUACCCACACAAGUUCUCUUGUGUAUGUUCACUUGUACCUUUUUUUUUUAAAUCAAAUGCUUCUUUAAAAGCUGCUAACACAAAGGUUUUUUUGUGCAUUCUGUUUUUCAAAGUUCGAUUACCAUACAACCUUAUACUGACUCUGAUAAUACUGCACCACUAUUCGUGAUUUUGUAUUUUGUGACAUGAUUUCAAAAAAUGUUUUAUGUAAGUAGUAUGUUAUUUUUAAGAUAUUUAACUCUUUUUUUUCCAAUAAAAUGUACAGUUUGA